AUGGGAAAUAUUUGUUCAAAUGUAUCAAAAAAGGAAUUGAAAUUCAAGCCAAUAAUCGAUGAAGAUUUAUGUGAUGAUAAGGAAAGCGAAAAGUUGUAAUUAAUGCCUUUGAUUGGCAAUUUUAAUAACAUUCAAGAAUAAGAAUUUACAUUUACAAAUCCUUUAUCCUCUAGAAAGUUAAGAUCAAAAUGUUAAGUAUUAUCACUAAAAUAAAAUGAAUUCAUGUACAUCUUUGAUGGAGAAAUUCUUAAAAUGUAAAAUGAUUAAUUAUUAGGAAGAGAUUAAGUUGAAUAAUUUUCUUAAAAACCUGAAUUUUUUAAUAAUUUAGAAUAAAUUAAAUAUUUUUAAUAGAUAGAAGAUUAUGGAUCAAAUUAACAAAAAUAUUAUAAGUUGGAUUCAUAUUGGAAAGGAGAAAAACUAAUUGAAGUUGGUGGAUUCUACUCUAAGAAUGGGUUAAAAUAGGGUUUGUGGAAAGAAACAUUCAAAAAUUUUACGAUGUAAUUCAAAUUAUAAAUUAAUUUUAAAUAAAUAGAAAAACUUAAGUUUAUUUCUUAGGUGAAUAUCUUAAUAAUAAAAAAAUAGGAAAAUGGAGAUAUAUCUAUAAGAAUAAGAAGAUGUAAAAUAUAAAUAAAUUAGAAGUGGUGGUGGAUUUUACAAUUAAUUUGGCUAAGCAAGUGGUAAAUGGAUUGAAUUGAGUGAUAGAUUUUGUGAGUAUUUAUAUUUCAUCAUUAAUCAUUAGAGAGAGUUAGAUAUUGUAUUAAGGUUAUUAUAAUAAUGGAUAAAAAGUCAGUAAAUGGAGUAUUUUGUUUAGAAAUGAAUUUGAGGUAUAAUUUAAAGAAGUGUAAAAAAUUUUUAAAUUAAAAUAUUAGUGGAGGUGGAUUGUAUGAUUAUAGAUCACAAUAAACUUGCAUUAAAAUUGGUGAAUGGAUGGAAUUAAAUGAUGAAUUUAACAGUAGUUCGUAAGUCUUUUAUUGUGGUGAUUAUAAAAAUGGUAUAAAAAUUGAUAGAUGGGAUAUUUAUUUGAAUAAAGAUAAAAAUCAUUAAUUAAUGUAUAAAAUUAUGAUGUUAAUCUAUUUUAAGUGGUGGUGGAUAAUAUAAAUAUUUCGAUAAAAAUUCUUCGAUCAAAGAUGGUAAAUGGGUUGAAUUGUGUGACGGAUUUUGGUACCAAUCUUAAAUAACUUGUUGUGGUGUUUAUAAUAAUGGUAAAAAAGUUGGUAAGUGGAAUACUUAUUGGAGAUAAGGCGAAAGCAAUAAAAAAAUGUAUAAAUUUAUAAAUUAAAUAUUGUAUAAACCAAAUUUUAGUGGAGGUGGAUCAUAUGAUGAUUUGGCAAAGGGAAUUUCAAUGAAAAUUGGCAAAUGGAUUGAGUUAAGUGAUGGUUUUGAUAGUAAGGCGUAAGUUAUUUUUGUUGGUGUCUAUAAUUAAGGGAAAAAAUCUGGUAUAUGGGAUAUAUAUUGGAAAUAAAAUGGAAAGAAUGAAUAUAAAUAUAUGUAAUUGGUCUUCAUAAUAGUUAUCUAAUCUAUUAAUUAGUGGUGGUGGAUAAUAUCAUAAAUACAAAGAGAAUUCAGUUAAGGUUGGUAAAUGGAUUGAA